ACAGCAGUUGAAAUGGCUACCACUUCAGCUCGUUUGCUUAUUUUUCUGACAAUCAUUGUUGCUAUCAACGCAAAUUCUUUACACUAUGAAGCAACUCCAGAAGUUCGCUAUGAACCCACAUGGGAGUCCCUAGAUUCCCGCCCAAUUCCAUCAUGGUUCGAUGAAGCUAAAGUUGGAGUCUUUAUUCACUGGGGAGUAUUCUCAGUACCAAGUUUUGGUUCUGAGUGGUUCUGGGAAUACUGGGAGGGGUACAAGCAUGCGACUUUUACAGACUUCAUGAAGAAGAACUACAAACCAGACUGGACCUAUGCAGACUUUGCUCAAGAUUUUACAGCUGAAUUCUAUGAUGCCAACACAUGGGCGGAACUAUUUGUAGACUCUGGAGCUAAGUAUGUUGUGUUUGUAAGCAAGCAUCAUGAAGGUUUCUGCAACUGGCCAACCAAUGUCUCCUUCAACUGGGACUCCCAGAUGGUUGGACCAAAAAGAGACAUUGUGGGUGAGCUGGCCCAGGCCAUCCGCAGCAAGACAGACCUCCACUUUGGCCUGUAUCACUCCCUGUUUGAGUGGUUCCACCCUCUGUAUCUACAGGACAAGGCCAACAACUUCACAACCACCAGAUUUGUUAAGGAAAAGACCAUGCCGGAGUUGUACGAGCUUAUAAACACCUACAAGCCAGACAUUAUUGACUCUGAUGGAGACUGGGAGGCCCCGGACACCUAUUGGGGUUCCAAGGAGUUCCUGGCCUGGCUGUACAAUGACAGCCCAGUGAAGGAUAAGAUUGUCACCAAUGACAGAUGGGGAAAGGGGGACAUGUGUCGUCACGGUGGGGUCUUGACAUGCCAAGACAGGUACAAUCCAGGAGUACUUCAGCCAAGGAAGUGGGAGAAUGGGAUGACAAUUGACAGAAAUUCGUGGGGAUUCCGUCGCGAGGCUGUCCUGCAUGAUUAUCUGACCAUGGACGAUAUUAUACCACUGCUGGUUGAAACUGUCAGCUGUGGAGGGAACUUCUUGAUUAAUGUGGGGCCAACCAAAUAUGGCAUGAUCAGUGCCAUCUAUGAGGAGAGACUGCGUCAGAUGGGAGAAUGGCUGAAGGUGAAUGGAGAGGCUAUCUACGCCUCCAAACCUUGGGUGGCCCAAAAUGACACAGUCACACCAGGAGUUUGGUACACACAGAGAGAAGGGACGGUGUACGCCAUUGUGCUCAAAUGGCCACAACCAGGUCAACUCAUCCUUGGAUCAGCUUUGCCAAAAACUGGAAUGAAAGUCAGCCUCCUUGGCUACACUGAAGGCUCCUUCUCCUGGCAGAAUGCUUCUCCAAAAGGAAUCAGCAUCACAAUCCCUCCCAUCCCUGUCAACCAGAUGCCAUGUCAGUGGGCAUGGGUGUUGACACUGAGAUAAACAUGUGUGGCUGACAGAAGGAUGGGCCUCCACACUAAAAUAAUUUGUUAAUUAUAGGAUGGAACUUCAUAAGGACAAAAGUGGUUACCAAUUUACCAAGCUGACCUUUACAAUAACACAAUUGGUUUCCAAUGGGAUGGCUGUUACAUCAAUGUCUAAAAGUUAAUGAGAUGAAUCUCCAACAUGGUAUGGUUCAUUAUGGGAUGGUCCAAAUGAACAUGUUUGGUAAUUUACUUACAUUUUUGUAUUAUAAAUGAAAACUGUUCUCAUAAUAAAAGAAUGCUGCCUUGACAGCAAAUAUAGACAUUA